GAGCCUACUGUGGUGAAAGUAUGUAAGUGCAUGUAUCUCAUCAAUUCUUUCAGCCUUAAACGAGCUUACUUGACGGCAAUCCUCAGGGUUCACCCCGGUUCAGUCAAUCAAUGCAUGAAGAGGCUGAGCGCUUGUCCCCUGAUGUGGCAAAUUAUAAAAGUUCGCAGGUUGGAUUCCAAGCAAGCAACAGCCUGAGGCAAGCAUGCUAAACUCCCUUCGUUUGUUCUUUGUACUGCUUACAGUUUGCCCAACCUUGUCGUGGUACCCUUAUGACUUCGUAACAAUACCGAUGCAACAAAACGGCGUCAUCCCGGAUGUCGUUCCGGCCAACCCAUCGUUCCACCCCCAAGCACUUCUCUUCGUCAUAUUUCCAACAGGGCCUGCGCUUCUCGGCAACACGCUUAACAGCACAAGCAGUCUUACUCCACCCACCGUUAGCUUCACGCCAAUGAAAGACGAAGCUAUCUAUACCAUUGUGAUGACGGAUCCUGAUGCACCCACAAGGGAGAAUCAGACUUAUGGGCAAUACAGGCAUUGGUUGGCUACAGGCGUAAGGCCCCCCAAAGGUGUUGACGACUCUGCAGAGUUCACGCAACCAGAUACAACUGCAUACCUUUCUCCCAACCCUCCCGCGGGCAGUGGUUCUCACAGAUACGUGCUGCUGCUAUAUCGAGAACCGAGCGUCAAUUUCACAAUUCCCACGGAUGCAAUCGAGAACGGGAGCGAUUUCAACAGCAGGAGAAAUUGGAAUGCCACUAUAUUUGCUGCGAGCUAUGAUCUCGAGUUAGUAGCGGCUAAUUUCUUUUAUGUGUCUGGGGCCCAGCAGUGAUACUAAUACAACGCUGCGUAGUCUGUAUUUGGCGUGAUUGUUGUGUAACGAAUGGGCAAUACUUACCUCAAUUGAUAUCGUCAGUUCUAUGAAACACAACU